CUAGCUAUGUCAAUGGAUUCAAGAAAACGAGAAUCAACUACACUCAAUCUCGAUCUUAACAUUGAUUACCCUUCAUCUCUUGGUGAACAUGAACAUGAACAUGAACAUGAACAUGAUCAUGAUCAUCAGCUAUCAAAAGACUUAAGUAGGAUGAAAGCAGAGCAUGAGCAUCUUCUUCACAAGCUAACCCUAAUCUGCAAAGACCAUGCCAAUCUGCAAGAACAGCUACUGAAUCUCAUCCAAGACCAGGAGAGGACAACGACAUCUUCCUUUAAGAAACCCAAAGAAACUCAUACUAAUGUUUCCAAGAUUUACAGACAAAUCGACCCCUGCGACACUAGCCUAAUUGUGAAAGAUGGAUAUCAAUGGAGGAAAUAUGGGCAGAAAGUAACUAGAGAUAAUCCAUCUCCAAGAGCAUACUAUAAAUGCUCAUUUUCUCCUAUCUGCCCGGUCAAAAAAAAGGUGCAAAAGAGCAUCGACGAUCCUUCCCUUCUUGUGGCAAUCUAUGAAGGAGAGCACAAUCAUCCUCAAUCGGGUGAGACCGAAGUUUUCAUCAACCAAUCGGGGUCUGACAGUGCGAGUUUGAAAAAUAUAGCGAAAUUUACUACAAAUGUCUCCUCUAGAUUUGAAUCGUGUUGUGAUGGUGCAAAGGAUGAGUUGGAAUUGCCGAUGGAGAAGUUUUUGAUCGAGCACAUGGCUUCGACUUUGGUACAUAAUUCAAGUUUCACGACAACUCUUGCUACUUCCAUAUUCGAGAAAUUGUUAGGCGAUGUUGAUCUAUUUGAGUGACCAUCUUAUUUUUAUUUCGGUUUUACGGUCUUUGUUUGUUUUGAGUAAACUAAAUAUCAUAUCAUUGUAUAGUACUGUUGGAUUUAAAAAAUAAUGUAACAUGAUGUAAAGAGAUAUGUAAUGAGA